AUGCCACCCGAAGCUGGUACAGUUGUAUGGUGUAUGUACGCGGCAGCAUCCCAUGUGUAUAGUGACUGAGUUUAUGGAGAACGGCUGCCUGCUGAACUACCUGAGACAGAAUGGAGGUACCAUGGGACAACCAUGGCUCCUGUCUGUCUGUCAAGACACAUGCGAGGCCAUGCAAUACCUGGAGACACACAACUUCAUACACAGAGACCUGGCAGCACGGAACUGUCUGGUCAGCGACAAGAACGUGGUGAAGGUUUGUGACUUUGGAAUGACCAGGUUAGUGACAGAUGUAUCUCCGUGUUUACUGAGGGGAAGACACUCGUUUGAUGGGCGGUCUAAUGUCGACGUAGUGGAUGAGAUUACCAGGGGUCACCGUCUCUACCGGCCUCACAAAGCUUCCAACGAUGUCUACAAACUCAUGUACCAGUGCUGGCACGAG